AUGGACUGGCGCACUCCAAUCAUCAUGGUUACCGCUUUCCCGAGUGCAAUUCUUUUUGCGGUUGCGCAUCACAUCCUUAAUCUGAAGCUGGAUGGAAGAGAAGUGACCGAGCUUGCUGUGGACCAACAAUGGAUUUCGCGGGCAGGGAAUGCGCUGGCGUAUGUUGUCAAGGUGCUGCUGCUGCUGGCAACUGGUACCGCCUAUUUCCAGCGAGUUUGGCAUCACGCACGGGGAAAGCCGACAAAGCUCAGUCAAUUCGACUCAUUGUUUGGAGUACAGGACAGUAUCUUUGAAUUUCGCCAUGUCAAGUUCUGGCUUCGACGUCCUGUCCUGCUGCUCGUCGCCAUGGUCCUCUGGCUCAUCCCUCUGGUAGCCAUAACCACACCGGGCACACUGUCUGUUGUGUCUGCAUCGGUCUCCCAGCCACGGAACGUGUCUGUACAACAACGAGAAUAUGGUAAAUCCUCCUAUGCCGCUGCCGUGCAGGCAGAUAACGGAACGGUCUUUUACGGCGGGGCCAGGUCAUACUUGAAAGGACCUACGCUGGCAAUGCUUGUCGAGACAAAAGCCCUGUCAGUAGGGAGUUUCUCUACUAACUUGACGUGGUCAAUGGAAUUCCACGGACCGGCUAUUUCAUGCUCAAAGGCGGGACCGGAGGUUACAUCCCAGCUGACGGACAUGAUACUCCCAUAUCAAAAGGCCAACAAGACGUCGCUCAUGUACGAUGCGUGGGUACCAAGGCCGAGUUCGUCGCCGAAUCAAGCUCUCGUCGAUGGCAUGCUCGUCCUGGAUCCUGACGUUAACAGCAACCUUCGCAUGCUCGAUCAAAUAUCUCCGGAUGCUGCCAGGAUCUAUUACAGCCUAGCGCCCGACGCCCCAACUCAAGCAACAAUGGCGAAUCCGAUCUACGUUAUCUCAUGUGCGCUCUACAACGCCACAUGGAGCCUCGACUUCGACGUACGCAGCACAGGCGAACAAUUGCUGAAACCAACGUUGAGAUUCGAAAAUUGGAUGCCAGGCUGGAGCAGCAUCACUCCGGCACUGACACCCGGCACCCACACAAACACGAUCUUGGAUUAUGCAGGCUUGGUGGAAACCUUUGGCGCCAUCACAUCAGGCCGACUCGACUACCCUGACGAUGAAACCCUGCCAUUUACGCAAACCAGUCUCGCCCUGGAGACCAGUCCCGUCCUCUUCAACGACGCAUUUCCCGAUCCUUUCAACGACGCUGCUAUGGUUACCCUCGCGCGGACAUUUGAAGCACUGUUCCAGAACAUGACCCUCUCCGCACGUUAUGCGGUCCUCCCGCGACAAGAGCUCCGUGAUGACGCUUCGGACUGGAGUUUCGUCAACGUAGCCGCCACGUCUACAUUCUCUCGCAACGUCUACCGGUAUGAUAGCCGGGAUCUCAUCAUUGCAUACACAUUGGCCAUUGUUGGGAGCGCCCUCUGCGUCCUAGCCGCUAUGCUUGCCAUUCGGGACAUGGGAGCCGUGUACUCGAAUGUUUUCUCCACCGCUGUCCGCGUGACGAGAAGCCAAGACAGGCUGGACACGGUGAUUCGAGAUGAUCACGAUAGAAGCGGUGCGCAGCCACUGCCACCAAAGAUUGCCAAUGCAUAUAUCUGGGUCGCCAAGGAGAACAAAGUUGGAAUAGGGGUGGGUAGAGGCCGAGUCGAUACCGAUGAGUCUCUGGCAUCGCAGAAAGAGCUUCGGCGAUCAUGGUGGGGGAGAGAGCAGGAAAUGGAUCUCGAGAAGAGCCAAAGUGUCAAUCCUGUGCACGAGCCGGUUGUCAUAGUCUCAAAGGGAAGUGGUGCUCCGGGCGGUUGGAUAUAA